GGCAAAGGCAAAGGCAAAAAGGCAAAGGCAGGCCAACAACACGGCAGUCUCGGCCUCCUCAGGUCCAGCAGCAGCACCAACACCGCCGCGCUCGCUUCGAGUCUUCUUCUCGUCCGUCCCCCAACAUAGCGGAGACUCCGAAACCCAAAUGCCGCCGCGGUGCUAGCUCGUGCUCCCCGUCCAUGUCGCUGUUUCCCCCAGCUGGUGCCGGACGACGCGCCCCGCACGCAGCGGGCUGAGGCGGAAGCGCGCGCGCGGAACCGGGAACCUCCUUCCUGGUAUAAAACCGCCAUUUCCGUUCGGGCGGACUCCGGCUUUGUCGCGCGGCGUGUGUGUGGGGAGCAGGGGAAGGGAGGGCGAUUCUGCUUCUGCUGGGGGCAAUGCCGGAGGCGGCGACGGUGGAUCCGGCGGGGGAGGGUGUGGAGGGGGAGGAUGAGUUCUACGAGUCGCUGGAUCGGAUCCUCUCCUCCUCCUGCUCCUCCACCUCCGCCUCCGACGACGACGCUGCCAGCGACGUCCACCGCCGCCGCCGCUCUCGCGGGAACAACCACCAUCAGCACGCGGCCGACUCCGCGUACGACGUCUGGAUCUCCGAGCCCACGUCCGUGGAGGAGCGACGCCGGCUCCUGCUCAACCGCCUCGGCCUCUCCCCCUCCGGGUCCCUGCAGCCCUACUCCCCACGCCUCUCCUCCCCUCCUUCGCCGCCGCCGCGUUCCCCUUCUCCCCCCGCCUCGCCACUGCUGCCCCUGCCGCCGCCUGCGGUGGAGGAGCCGAGAUCCGCCGCGCAUGGGAAGCCGCCGCUGGCGCGGAACCCGAGCGGCGGCGGCGGGGAGCAAUGCCGGAUCCGGAACCUGGACGACGGAACCGAGUUCGAGCUUGCGGAGGUGCACGAGGAGGUCGUCCGGGAGGUCGGCACCGGCCGGCAGCUCACCCUCGAGGAGUUCGAGUUCUGCGUCGGCCGCUCCCCGAUCGUCCACGAACUCAUGCGCCGGGCGACCACCGCGACGUCCUCCUCCGCCUCCGACAACGCCGCCCCAGCUUCGAAACCCCGCAGGAAGCCUGGAGGGUGGCUGCGCGGCAUCAGACACCUGGCUGGCAGUGUCGCCUACGGGCGCCGCAGCACCGACGUUAGGGACAAGGAGAAGGAGAGGAAAGAGCGGGAAGCGCGGCGCCUGAGCUCCGCCACCGACGACAGUCUGGACGGCAACGGCGGGUCGCGCAAUGCUGGGAGGGUCAGGGUGCGGCAGUAUGGCAAGGCGUGCAAGGAACUCACCGGAAUGUUCAUGACACAGGAAUUGGCUGCCCACUCUGGCUCUGUGUGGUGCAUCAACUUCAGCUUGGAUGGACGAUACCUUGCGAGCGCCGGGGAGGACCGUGUGAUCCAUGUGUGGGGGGUCUCGGAGGGCGAGAGAAAGGGGGAGUUGCUUGGGGAAGGUACAGUCACAAGGGAGAGUGGCGGUGGCUCCAGCCCGUUUGUUGCAGUUGUUGGGAAUGGGUCGCCGGAGGUGGCAACAUUGGCACUGAACUCUGCAGACAAGGGAUAUGUCGAGAAGAAGAGGAGACCAAGGGUGCAAAGCAGCCGGAAGUCCGUUGGUUCUGAUCAUCUAGUUGUGCCUGAGUGUGUGUUUGGGUUCAGAGAAAAGCCAGUUUGCUCGCUCCUGGGGCACGCUGCUGACGUUCUUGAUCUAUCGUGGUCCAAAUCUCAGUACUUGCUUUCAUCCUCAAUGGACAAAACUGUUAAGCUGUGGGACAUUACCACAAGUACCUGUUUGAAGACAUUCUCACACACAGACUAUGUCACUUGCAUUCAGUUCAAUCCUGUAGAUGAUAACUUCUUCAUUAGUGGGUCACUGGAUGAGAAAGUUCGCAUUUGGAAUGUCCAUGAUCGGAAGAUUGAGGAUUGGAACGAUCUUCAUGAGAUGGUUACUGCUGCAUGUUAUUCACCUGAUGGACAGGUUGCAAUGGUAGGAUCUCACAAGGGAAGCUGCCAUUUAUUUGAUACAACUGAAAAGAAGCUUCAGUACAAAAGUCAGAUAGAUUUGAGAAUCAGAAAAAAGAAGUCUGGCCAGAAGAAGAUAACUGGCUUCCAGUUUGCUCCAGGAAGCUCCUUGGAAGUCUUGAUUACUUCUGCAGAUUCAAGGAUCCGUGUUGUUAAUGGCGAUGAGCUUGUCCACAAAUUUAAAGGAUUCCGCAAUACAAGUAGCCAAAUCUCAGCUUCUGUAGCUCCAAAUGGGAAAUAUGUAGUCUGUGCCAGUGAGGACUCUCAUGUGUAUGUCUGGAGACAUGACAAUAGUUCCCAUCCGAGCAGAAGCAGGAGCUCAGUUGAUGUAACCAACUCAUAUGAACAUUUUCACUGUCAUGAUGUAACUGUGGCUAUCACAUGGCCUGGUGCUGAAGCCCGCGGAUCGUUUGGGUCUCGUAGCAGCAGACACAGUGAUUCGGAUGUUGCAGUGAACCCUGCCCCUGAAGCCCCUGUAGAAAACAAUGAGCAAGAAGCGAAUGGAACUGCUAACACGUACACCGAGAACCCAGUUUGCGAAGGUGGUGCAAGCACAAGCAGUCAUCCAGUAGAGGCAGUAUCCCCAUCCUGGCUAGACGAGAAAUUACCGUCUGCCAAGAGCAGUCCCGGUCAAGGCUCAUCCGAUCUUUGCAUUGGAGCUAUGGAUGUGCAGCGCCGGUCCGCGUGGGGUCUGGUGAUUGUCACGGCUGGACGGGGAGGCGAAAUCAGGGUGUUCCAGAAUUUCGGCUUCCCAGUCCAAGUGUAAAGAUAGUGAGAGUGCAGAGCUGUCCCCUGGUUUGAUUACUGUAUAGAUAUCUUUAGUUCUUCACCAGUUCACCUAGGAUUCUUACAGUUCAAAGUUUUCUCUGUUUUGUCGUCCGCUUGGGUGGCUGAAAAUUAAGAUCACUCCAAAGACCACACUAUUUUUUCUUUCUAUUAUUGAUACAAGGCUCGCUCUGUAAUUGUGCCAAUACCUUUAUUUGUUCAUAUUUUGGUUCUAUCCUUAUACAAGACAGAUACGGUCACUUCAUAACAGCA